UAUUUUGGAUGCAAGGAGGAGAAAAUACCCAAAUCCUCAAUCUCUUGGAUGGCUCAUAUGCUUGGACAUCGGAGCGUACGACAUCGAGCGCGGAAGGCAGGCUAAAUGCGAGCCCAUCGUGAUCCCCAUGUGCCAGGGGAUUGGCUACAACAUGACCAGGAUGCCCAACUUCAUGAAUCACGAGGACCAGAAUGAAGCAGCCAUCAAGCUGAACGAGUUUGCCCCGCUGGUGGAGUACGGCUGCGACGUGCACCUGCGCUUCUUCCUUUGCUCGCUCUACGCGCCCAUGUGCACCGACAAGGUCUCCACCUCCAUCCCAGCUUGCCGUCCCAUGUGCGAGCAAGCCCGGCAAAAGUGCUCCCCCAUCAUGGAGAAAUUCAGCUUCAGCUGGCCCGAUUCGCUCGACUGUUCCCGUCUUCCGACCAAGAAUGACCCCAAUGCCUUGUGUAUGGAGGCACCUGAAAAUGACACGAAGGUGGAAACCAAGAAAGGGGAGGGCAUGCUUCCGGUGCCCCCCAGGCCUCGCCAGCCAAUUCCCGGAAAUGGCCGUACCCCUGGCAGCAUGGGCUCUUGUGAGAACCCAGAGAAAUUCCAGUACGUAGAGAAGAGCCAGUCUUGUGCCCCCCGCUGCUCGUCUGCUGUGGACGUCUUCUGGUCCAGGCAGGACAAGGACUUUGCAUUCAUCUGGAUGACUGUGUGGUCCACCCUGUGCUUUGUUUCCACUGCCUUCACAGUGCUGACUUUCUUGCUGGACCCACACAGGUUCCAGUACCCUGAAAGGCCCAUCAUCUUCCUGUCCAUGUGCUACAACGUUUACUCCGUAGCCUUCAUCAUCCGCUCAGUGGCCGGAGCCGAGAACAUCGCUUGUGACCGGGAGAACGGUGAACUGUACAUCAUCCAGGAAGGGCUAGAGAGCACAGGCUGCACCAUUGUGUUCCUCAUUCUUUACUACUUCGGCAUGGCCAGCUCCAUCUGGUGGGUCAUCCUCACAAUCACGUGGUUUCUGGCGGCCGGGAAGAAGUGGGGCCACGAGGCCAUAGAGGCACACAGCAGCUACUUCCACACUGCCGCUUGGGGCAUCCCCGCCAUGAAGACCAUUGUCAUCCUAACCAUGAGGAAGGUUGCUGGAGAUGAGCUGACUGGCCUCUGCUACGUGGGCAGCAUGGAUGUGGGUGCGCUCACCGGCUUCGUCCUUGUCCCCCUCUCCUGCUACCUUGUUGUUGGCACAUCAUUCAUCCUGACUGGCUUCGUUGCCCUCUUCCACAUCCGCAAGGUCAUGAAGACAGAAGGCACUAACACCGAAAAGCUGGAGAAGCUCAUGGUCAAGAUUGGGAUCUACUCCAUCCUAUACACUGUCCCGGCCACCUGUGUCAUCAUCUGCUACUUCUACGAAAGGCUCAACAUGGACUACUGGAAGUACAGAGGGCUGACCAGCAAGUGCCUGGCAUUACCUGGGCGCAGGAAUGAAAACUGUUCUCUGGGAUCCUCGCUGCCUGCUGUGACUGUCUUCAUGCUCAAAAUAUUCAUGUCUCUGGUUGUGGGCAUCACUAGUGGUGUGUGGGUCUGGAGCUCCAAGACCCUGCAGACCUGGCAGGGCCUGUGUCACAGGAAGCUGGCCAUCAGGACUAACAGGAAGCCCUGCAGCGGGGUCAGCUGCGGCGGCACACACUGUCACUACAAAGCACCGGCCGUGGUGCUCCACAUGACCAAAACAGACCCCUACUCAGACAGCCCCACACAUGUGUGAAACCCCAGAUAGGCAGGCUGUCUACAUGUGUCGGGCUGCAGGCCUGGAAAGGCAAACAAGUGACAUUGCUUUUUUAUACAGAGACUUAACUUACAAAGCUGGACUACGCCUGCAGGGUGGCACUACUUGGAAGCGAUAGAAUUUAUUUUUUUUCUUGCUUUCCGAUUGAACCAGGCUCAUGGAGCUGCUGCCGCUCAAAGAAUAUACCUGGUUGAGGUCACACCGAAAACAAAUUGCAGAUGGAUAUAAAGUAAUGAGAUAAAGCAAUAUUUAAGUAAUGAGAAACAGUCUGUGUUAUAGAAGAUGUCCAGAAGGCCAAGAACAGCACAUCUAAGUAGUUGUCCUUGCACACGCUAUAUAUAAAUAUAUAAAUAUAUAAAUAUAUAUAUAUAUAUGAAUAUGUGUAUAUAUAUAUAAAUAUAUGAACUUGCAUGGAUGUUUAAAAACGGUUGUGGUGUCCCCUUACAAAUAUUUCAUAAAAGAUGUAUAAAUAUGUCUAAAGGGUUAAAUUAUAUUUAUUGUAUCUGUAUUUAAUUUCAUUACAUUGUUUUUUCACGUUUCUAUGUAUUGCGUAUACACUUGGUGUAAAGCCUUAAAGUAUUUCGAAACUGCAGCGACACAGUGCCUUAAUAAAUUGAAAUAUUGUUUGAAAUGUAA